UUGCAGGUUGUGAACUUACUCAAUGAUCUCUACACUCUUUUUGAUGCGAUUAUAGACGAGCAUGAUGUUUACAAGGUUGAAACAAUCGGUGAUGGCUACCUUUGCGUUUCUGGCCUACCGCAUCGAAACGGCAACGAACAUGCGAAAGAAGUUGCAGAGAUGUCAUUUGAGCUUCUCAGAGCUAUACAGAAAUUCCGAGUACCUCAUCUACCGAACGAGAAGAUCAACAUUCGUGUGGGAUUACAUACGGGUCAGAAAUAUUGUCCGGAGCUGAAAAAGUACCGCUCUGAUGUUACCUUUAGGUUCGGUUGUGACUGGCGUAGUGGGAAUGACUAUGCCACGCUACUGCCUAUUUGGCGAUGCUGUGAAUACAGCAAGUCGAAUGGAAAGCAAUGGAAAACGUGGGCAUUGAACUUGAGAUCUGGACGAGUGCACAUCUCUACCGAAGCCAUGAAAUUUUUGACGGAGGUAAUCGGUGGUUACAAGACUGAGCCGAGAGGAGAAGUCAUAGUGAAGGGAAAAGGUGCCGUUGAGACACACUGGCUGCUUACACCAGAAGAACAGGAAAGAAUGUAUGUCGAGUAA